GCUCAUUGCUGCCUGGUAAAACAUUUGCUAUAGACGUGAAAGUUCUUACGGCCGAGGCUAUUUAUCUGUAUACUGCUUAUAUAUAUACUAGGUACAUAUGAAAGUGUGCGCAACAAAUUUAUUAGAAAUUAAUGGCGUGACACAACAGGCCACGCUACCCCACGAUUCCUUGUGGUGAAAAAUGUAGGUGCGAAGGGUUUUCGUUUUGUUUUUGAAUUUGAAUUUCGUGCCUUUUUCUACUGACAAAGUUGUUUAACAGACUACAAUUUCAUUUACUGAGGAAAUUAAGAAGAAUCUUCUGGCAAUGCCUUCACAAAAAAAAAUAUCCUCUUGAUGCUGUCAUUACUUCAUUAGUGAGUGUCAUUUUAGUUGUCAAAGUCAAAUCAACUCGUUUAGUUUUUGUUCGGCUUUAAUUACAUAGCGUCUUAUCAUAUUUAUCAAAACAUACAUAUUUUACUAGUCUAGCUCGCAUAUAACAUCAAUAAAAGACUCAUAAAACAUGUCUGCGGAAAAGAGGCCGGCCAGUCCAGAGAAAGCAGACGAAUCUGAAGAUGCCGACGCCUGGAUCGGUCCUAUGCCUUCAGAGGCGGCUGUACCCAAAACUAAGAAAAGAAAAGUUCUGGAGUUUGAAUCCUUGUAUUUGGAGAACCUGCCGUCCUCGGAGACCUACGAGCGGAGUUACAUGCACAGAGAUGUGGUCUCUCAUGUUGUUGUCACCAAAACAGACUUUAUUGUCACAGCCAGUCAAGAUGGACACCUCAAAUUUUGGAAGAAACAGGAGGAGGGCAUAGAGUUUGUAAAGCAUUUCCGCUGCCACCUCUCCACCAUCAGUGACAUUGCAGCCAACAGUACUGGUUCCCUACUGUGCACUGCAUCUCCAGAGAAGACGCUUAAAGUCUUUGACGUUGUCAAUUUUGAUAUGAUCAACAUGAUCACCGUGGAGUUUGAGCCAUACCGAGUGGAGUGGGUGCAUUCCGCCGGGGACCCCAUUUCAGCAUUGGCCGUCUCAGAAAAAGGCAGCAAUAAGAUCCACAUAUUCGACGGCACACAAGCGUCAGGAACCUCCCUCCAUACAUUCGAGACCCUGCAUCAAAGCACGGUGGCGACGAUUAAAUAUAACCCAGUGUACGAAACAGCGGUAUCCGUCGACAAAGCUGGUAUAGUGGAAUACUGGACCGGCCCGAAGCACGAAUACAAGUUCCCGAAGAACGUGGAGUUCGACUCGAAGCUGGACACGGACCUGUUCGACUUCGUGAAGAAUAAGACUUAUCCCACGUCGCUCGUGUUCUCGCCGGACGGGAAGAAGAUGGCCUCCAUCAGCUUGGAUAGAAAGGUGCGUGUGUUCAAUUUCGUGUCAGGCCGGCUGAGCAAGGUGCUGGACGAGAGCCUGCAGCGCUUCCAGGAGUUGCAGCACCAGCAUCAGCAGCUGCCCAACAUGGAGUUCGGACGGAGAAUGGCCACCGAGCGAGACCUAGAAAAAUCCGACUCAGUCCACUAUGCGAACAUAGUAUUUGAUGCAAGCGGCCAUUUUGUUCUGUACUCCACCAUGCUGGGCGUGAAGAUCGUCAACCUGGUCACCAACCGCUGCGUCACCAUGCUGGGCAAGCCGGAGAACCUUCGGCCGUUGCACUUAGCACUUUUCCAGGGCCGAACCAACCAAUCAAAAGUGGCCUCGACCCUCGAGAUGGAGGGCUCCGAGAACCCCACCCUCCUCAACAUCAAGACGGACCCCACGUUGUUCUGCACGGCCUACAAAAAGAACCGCUUCUACAUGUUUUCUAGAAGAAGUCCCGAUGACAUCAAGAGUCCGGAUGCUGACAGAGACAUAUUUAACGAGAAACCGUCCAAGGAAGACAUCAUUUCGGCGACAGAAGGGCAAGGCGUCCAACGCAUAUACGAGCAGGCCAUCCUGCACACGUCGCUGGGGGACAUCCACGUGCGCCUGUUCGGCAAGGACGCGCCGCGCGCCGCCGAGAACUUCUGCGUGCACGCGCGCAACGGGUACUACAACGGCCACGUGUUCCACCGCGUCAUCAGGGGCUUCAUGGUGCAGACCGGGGACCCCACAGGCACCGGCACUGGCGGCGAAAGCAUCUGGGGCGGCGAGUUCGCGGACGAGUUCAAACCUCACUUGAAACACGACCGACCCUACACGGUCAGCAUGGCCAACGCCGGACCCAACACUAACGGCAGCCAGUUCUUCAUUACUCUAGCACCCACGCCGUGGUUAGACAACAAGCACACGGUAUUCGGUCGCGUGGUACGCGGCAUGGAAGUCGUGCAGAACAUCGGGCAGGCCAAGACCAACCCCAAGACCGACAAGCCCUACGACGACAUACGACUCGUAUCUGUCACUGUCAAGUAACUGUCAAUGUCAUUAAUAUAUGGAGGGAGUACGGAACAUCGGGCAGGCCAAGACCAAGACAAGCCCGACAUCCGUCUGGUGUCUGUCACUGCCAUGUAACUAGAAAAUCUAUAGCGUAGGUGAUCAUCGAAUCAUAGCUAGUUAGUAAAUUUAAUAUGUGAUGCACGGGGUCCGUUUCGUUAUAUCAUAUCAAUAAGGUACCUGUCUUUCCAUACACUUUUUGUCCGAUGUUUCAUUUGCUAAAAUUUUAUAUGUCGAAGCUAACAUGAUAUUUUCUUCUAAAAUUUAGAAAAAAAUUGAUACUGGUCAAUAAAUAUAAUAGAACAUUAUUUUAUUACACAAAUUGACUAAGUGCUAGUAAGCCCAAUAACGUUUGAAAAACAGAUUUCAUACAAACAUUUUAAAUGCUCUUAACUCUUAUAAUAAUAAAAAAAAUCGAAAAAGUUUAACGUAGGGGCAUAGCUGUGGUUGAUAUACAACAAAUUGUAUCACAAUAUUUUCAAUAAUGUUAAUAUCCAGAAAGAAAACUGAGACUACAUUUGUAUGAAAAGGCGCUUCGCACGGGUCUUCCACUUUCGUCUUAGAUCAGUGGGAAGACACUAGAGCGUUCGGGCAUUCUCGGCUCCAUUCGGCUCAGCAUUACUCCGAGCAAUUAUUAGGGUUGGCACAACUUGACAUCCCUUUGCGUGUGCACACCACAAAUAAGAUGAUUUGAAUUUUGACAACCCUAAAUAGCCGAAAGGAAUAGUGCCAUACAUUAGAAAGAGACAUCAUGAUUUGUCCCUGAAUCGCUGUCAAAUUUCGGUUUUGUAGGAAGUUUCACUUCUGUACGGUAAUACAAUCAGCCAAGAAAGUGGUCUACCACUUUUCGACUCUAUUUGUCAAGUAAUAGACUCGAAAAGUGGUAAACCACUUUCUUGGCUGACUGUACUAUUAUUUUUUACUAAGCUAUUAAAUGUUGUUUUUAUUUGAUAGUGGGACUUUUGUACGAAAUACUAUCAACUAUUCCGGGACUCCCAUACAUUGUAAAUAUUAUUGGUUAAGAUUAUUUAGGUAAUACAUUUACCUCAAUUCGUUUUUAAGUACAAUAAUUUGUCAAUAUUUUAAAUAGGUAUGUUCGUUAAGCUAGACCUGACUAGUUUAAAUUUAUUAGAUCGUAUUUGUGACUGUGAAUUACUGUGAAAUGUGUUUUAGAUGAAAUUUAAGAUAAAUAUAAAAUAAACAAAUUUAUAUUUUAUGAUA